AUGUGCAGAGAAUUGACUGAAGAGUACGGAGAAGAAGUGACGAAACUGUGUGAGAGGCUGGUGGAGACAUUGUCGGAGAGUUUAGGUUUAGAACCAAACCGUCUCAUGAAAGCCUUCGGAGGAGAAGACAAAGUCGAGGCUGCUCUCAGGGCAAAUUACUACCCAAAAUGCCCUCAGCCACAGCUCACUUUAGGUCUUUCUUCCCAUUCUGACCCUGGUUGCAUCACCGUUGUCUUCCCGGACGAGAAGGUCGCAGGCCUCCAGGUCCGUCGUGGUGACGGUUGGGUCACCGUCAAAUCCGUCCCAAAUGCUUUGAUCGUUAACAUCGGAGAUCAGGUUCAGAUACUUAGCAAUGGAAUUUACAAAAGCGUGGAGCAUCAGGUGAUUGUUAAUUCCGGUAUGGAUCGAGUCUCUUUGGCACUCUUCUACAACCCGAGAAGUGAUGUCUCGAUCGGACCAGUCAGGGAACUAUUAAGUGAAAACCAACCUGCUCUUUAUAAACCGAUCAGGUUUGACGAGUACCGUCUUCUGAUUAGGCAAAAGGGUCCUUGUGGCAAAAAUCAGGUCGAUUCACUCUUACAAGCAGAUGAUACAUCCCAAAUAUAA